CACACCGGCUCCAGUCUCACAAUCGCUAAGCAGUUUCUUGCUUUAAUGGCUUCUAAGUUACGUUCCAGAGGCAUAGAAACGUUAAAACAAGAGAGACCAACGACUACAAGAAAGAAACAGGAAAGGAGAGAUUUCGACGGCUCCGAAGAGCUCACUAUUGUUUGUACUAUCGAAUCUGGACCGACGGAGGUUGUCUUGACUGAUGAGAGUUGUUGUCGGGCGAGUUCUUGUGAUUUAGGCGGUAGGACUGGCGGCAAGGUGAAGCUGGAGAAGCCUUCCCCACGUGCCACAUCACGUCUUACAUUCAACGAAACAACAACACAUGAAAUGCCAGACUUUAGUCCCAUAGCAAAACGAGUGAAACGCCAUCCAAGAACCAACCAAGUAAACUACGCUGAAACCGGCUAUCCCGGCAAGACGAUGAAGAAAAAGAAGGUGAAGAAGCGGCAAGCUCCUGAGGUGGUAGUUGUGUUGGAUAGCGACGAAGACAGCGAAGACCACACUGAGCACAACAACUCCAACAAAUCGAUCUCCCACAACGACUCAAUCAUCAUCCUGGAUCUCACAAGUGAUGGCCAAUGCGAGGAAGUACUAAUCGACAUCACACACAACGACAAAGACAACUCACCAGAUAAGCCCCACCCUCUCUCUAUCACCACACCCCAGCCACGCCCACCACAGAAGUCAUUACAGACACAAACGAAAACAUUAAUAUCACCACCUCCCACUCAACCGGCGACAGACAUAGUGACCAAACCGGCUGCUCUCCCACCUCAUGUGUGGACCUCCAAUCUUCGAGGCAUCGCAACACAAAGCUGCCCGACUAUUCAAUCACAACAAUCGUCUGUUGUACGUGGAGUUACAUCGGCAUGUUGGACGUAUUACGGUCAGUGGGUUCGACCGCGAGGUUUCCUAAGGAGUCAACCGUAUUACGUGGCUCCGCGAGGUCGACAGGCCGUGCAUUGCCGUAAUGUUCCGCAUUCGUUUGGAUAUGGAAAUUUGGGUGGAAUUCCACGUGUGCCUGGAUAUCAUUGUUUAGAUGGAAGAGACGACUAUAUGGGUCGAGUGUAUAGAGAGAUUAUGAAGAAGCCGAGUGUUGCAGAUUUGAGGCAGCGAAAGUUGAUUAUUUUUGUAGAUCUAGACAACUGGUCAGGCAUAUUCAGGCGUCUUCCUCGACCUCUUCCAAAGGGCGUGUUUGUGUGGGCCUUUUUUGGCGGCCACACCAACUGGAGGAUACCCAAGCAGUCGGUGUCGUUCAACAGCCUUGUAGCUGACAAGGGAUUUUAUCUUCAUCCGAGAUGUGGGACGAGGAAGGAUGCUGCUGACUUUGCUCUCUGUAUGCAGGCAGGCAUCAUACACGCAGGUCUCCCCACAUCCAUUCCGUUCGUCAUACUAUCGGGUGACAAAGGAUUCGAAGAGCUACGACAGCAGCUGAGACAAGAGGAGAGGCCGAGACCGGCAUACUUCAUCAAUCCGCACACUCGCAGUCCGGAGACGUUGUACAGCAUGCUCUGUUGUCUCGUGCAGGGACGAGGAUGGUAGAUAAGGGAAUUUGUAUUGAUUUGUGAAUAACAAAGAUCAUUUGUUUUAUAGAGUGUUUGAUAGUUGAGUGUGUAUUUUAUGUGAAUAGGGUGGUGUGUCGAUUGAGAGGUAGUGGAAUAGAGACGAGAAU